GAAGAGUGAGCGAGUGAGUGGGAAUUAGGGUUUAGUAGAACAACCACAACGAGGCUUCUCGUCAAGCCCUCCUCGCUCGAGCUCCCAGCGUCGAAACCAUCUCUGCAUCGCCCCGUCUGCACCCGCUGUACACGUGCUUCCCUCCGCCUUACCAUCAUGGAUUCUGCCGUGAAGCUGGCUAUUGUAAUGAAGGUGAUUGGUCGCACUGGGUCCCGAGGUCAGGUGACCCAAGUUCGUGUUAAGUUUCUGGAUGAUCAAAAUCGACUCAUUAUGCGCAAUGUGAAGGGGCCAGUGCGUGAAGGUGACAUCCUGACUCUCCUGGAGUCUGAGAGAGAGGCUAGGAGGCUGCGGUGAAGAAGCGGGAUUUCACAAGUCUCUAGCUUUUUUUUUCCUAUUUAUCACUUAAAGACUAGACUAUGGUUUUACGGAACCAUUAUUGUAUUGAUGAGUUAUGAUUGGUACACAAUGACAUCAAACAGGAGUUUGAGGCAUCAAUGCACCAAGCAUGCUAAUUCUCUCCUGAAGCUUGUCUUUCGCCAGGUGAUUAACUGGGUGCAGCACUUUUUAUAUUUUAACUGAUCAAAAUUCGUUUCUGCUACCA